UUUGCAGUGCCUAACUUGAAACACCAAAGCUGUCACAAUCAAAUCCUAUAAGAAUCCCCAAUUUCUUGAGAAAGUUUGCUUCCUUUCCCUACAGAAAAAAGGUUGACACAGUAGCCUGGUUUUUGGUGCUUGCUGGAAGAACCUUCCCCAGUUCAACAAAAAAGAAGAAGAACUGAGCUGAUCCUUAUUGUCCAAAGUUCCCACCUAUUUUCGCUACUCCCAGUUUUCUUUUUUAAUGCUUUGUUAACUCCCAAGUCUUUUUUUUUUUUAAAUCUUCUUUUUGUUCCUUUAUGGAUCAAACAUUGCUGCCAAAUUUGGAUGCCAUAGAAGUGGAAGGAAAGGGGUUAGCUUUGUUCUUCUAUAGAGAUAAGGUUACAUGCCUGGAACGCGUGCUUGAAGAUUGCAAGUCAAUCAGAUUUGGAAGAAAAUAGGGAGUUGCAGUGAAAUGGUGGAGUUGUUGCUUCUAUUGUCUCUUGGUUUGAUGAACCGGUGACCGUGGGAUUGGCUGAAAAGGAUACAGAUUAUUGCAUUUAGUAAAAUGUUGAGGAAUUUUGAAUCAAGAAUACUUUUGGAAGUAGGAUUUUGGAGGUUUUUGCUGCUUGCAGCUCUUCUAAUUACCAUAGCAGACGGACUAAAUUCUGAGGGCCAAUUGCUGCUAGAGCUUAAAAAUAGCCUUCAUGAUGAAUACAACUACCUUGGGAACUGGAAGCCCACUGAUGAGACACCAUGUGGGUGGAUAGGUGUCAAUUGUACUUCAGAUUAUGAGCCAGUGGUCUGGUCUGUUGAUUUGAGUUCAAUGAAUCUUUCUGGAACCCUGAGCCCUAGUAUUGGUGGUCUGACCCACUUGACAUUUCUUGAUCUGUCUUAUAAUGGGUUCAGUGGAAAUAUACCCAAGGAGAUUGGAAAUUGUUCGCUUCUGGUCUUCCUUUAUUUGAAUAACAAUCUGUUGAGCGGUCCAAUUCCUGGCGAAUUGGGUAAGCUCUCUUAUUUGAGAAAAUUGAAUAUAUGCAAUAACAAAAUCUCUGGUUCUCUUCCAGAGGAGCUUGGAAAUUUGUCCUCACUUGAUGAGUUUGUGGCAUACACCAAUAACUUGACUGGCCCAUUGCCCCGUUCUAUUGGGAAACUCCAGAAGUUAAGAAUAUUUCGAGCAGGGCAGAAUGCAAUUUCUGGUAACAUUCCUGCCGAAAUAAGUGGAUGUCAAAGCUUACAAAUGCUUGGUCUUGCCCAGAACCGUAUUGGAGGUGAACUGCCGAAGGAAAUUGGAAUGCUCAGAAGCAUGACUGAUCUGAUUUUAUGGGAGAAUCAGUUAUCAGGGCUUAUUCCAAAGGAGCUUGAAAACUGUACAAGCCUUGAGACCCUUGCAUUGUAUGCAAAUGGUCUUGUGGGGCAGAUACCCAUGGAGAUUGGGAACCUUAAGUUUUUGAAGAAGUUGUAUCUCUACAGGAAUCAAUUAAAUGGAAGCAUUCCUAGGGAGAUAGGGAAUCUAUCUCUUGCAACAGAAAUUGAUUUCUCAGAGAAUUAUUUGAUAGGUGAGAUCCCAACUGAGUUCAGCAAGAUAAAGGGUCUACACUUAUUGUACCUAUUCCAGAACCAGCUUACAGGUGUCAUACCAAAUGAGCUUAGUAGCUUGAGGAACUUGACAAAGCUUGAUCUUUCAAUCAAUUAUCUCACAGGUCCCAUCCCUUAUGGUUUCCAAUAUUUGACUGAAAUGCUUCAGUUGCAGCUUUUUGACAAUUCUCUGAGCGGUACCAUUCCUGAGCAGCUUGGAGUAUACAGCCCACUUUGGGUGGUUGAUUUUUCAAACAACCAUCUGGCAGGAAAAAUACCUCCUUAUCUUUGUCAGCAUGCUAACCUUAUUUUGUUAAACCUUGGGGCUAAUAAGCUGUAUGGAAAUAUCCCAACUGGGAUCAAGAGCUGCGAGACAUUAGUGCAACUUCGUCUGGUUGGAAACAAGCUUUCAGGGAGCUUUCCUUCAGAAUUAUGCAAACUGGUGAAUCUUUCUGCUAUUGAAUUAGACCAGAACAACUUUACUGGACCUGUUCCUUCAGAGAUUGGAAAUUGCCGAAAGCUUCAACGGCUUCAUAUUGCAGACAAUCAGUUUACUUUUGAGCUGCCUAAGGAAAUAGGUAAUCUAUCUCAACUUGUGACUUUUAAUGUCUCAUCUAAUUUACUUUCUGGACGGAUUCCACAUGAGAUAGUUAACUGCAAGAUGCUUCAGCGACUUGAUAUCAGCCAUAACAGCUUUGUUGAUACUUUACCAAAUGAGAUUGGAACCCUUUCACAGCUUGAGAUUCUGAAACUUUCAGAAAGUAAGUUCUCUGGAAACAUACCUGCAGCUUUAGGAAACCUCUCACGUUUGACUGAGCUGCAGAUGGGUGGCAACCUGUUUUCUGGUCAGAUACCCCAAGAGUUGGGUUCUCUUUUAAGCUUGCAGAUUGCAAUGAACCUCAGCAAUAACAACCUCACUGGAAGUAUACCACCAGAGCUUGGGCAUCUUAAAAUGCUGGAAUUUCUCCUGGUCAAUAAUAAUCAUUUGAGUGGUGUAAUUCCCAGCACAUUGGAGAACCUGUCAAGUUUAUUGGGAUGCAACUUCUCAUACAAUAACUUGACUGGACCUUUACCUGCCAUCCCAUUGUUUCAGAACAUGCCUGCAAGUAGCUUUAUUGAAAAUGAAGGGCUUUGUGGUAGGCCUCUUGAAGGUUGCAUUGGAGAUCCAUCUUCUCCUUCUAUGCUACCUGUGAAGAAGGGUACUCGAGGAAAAAUUGUAACGGUAGUUGCAGGUGUUGUAGGUGGGGUCUCUAUAAUCCUCAUUGUAAUUCUUAUAUAUCAAAUGAGACGUCCACCUGAAAUUGUUGCAUCCUUGCAAGAAAAGGAAAUAUCAUCUCCAGCUUCAGAUAUUUACUUUCAUCCAAAGGACAGCUUUACUUUUCAAGAUCUAAUUGAGGCUACAAAUAAUUUUCAUGAGAGUUAUAUUGUUGGAAGGGGAGCAUGUGGAACAGUUUAUAAAGCAGUUAUGCAUUCUGGACAAAUCAUUGCUGUUAAAAGGCUUGCAUCAAAUGCAGAGGGAAACAACAUUGAGAAUAGUUUUCGGGCCGAAAUUCUAACACUAGGGAAUAUUAGGCAUCGAAAUAUUGUGAAGCUUUAUGGUUUUUGCUAUCACCAAGGUUCCAAUCUGCUUCUUUAUGAAUACAUGGAGAAAGGUAGCUUGGGCGAAGUGCUUCAUGGGGCCUCUUGUAGCUUAGAAUGGCCCACUCGGUUCUUGAUUGCCCUAGGAGCUGCUGAAGGUCUUGUUUAUUUACAUCAUGACUGCAAACCAAGGAUUGUUCACCGUGAUAUCAAGUCCAAUAAUAUCUUACUUGAUGAAAAUUUUGAAGCCCAUGUUGGUGAUUUUGGUUUGGCGAAGGUGAUUGACAUGCCCCAAUCUAAGUCCAUGUCAGCAGUCGCUGGAUCAUAUGGCUACAUUGCCCCCGAAUAUGCAUACACUAUGAAGGUUACAGAAAAAUGUGACAUCUAUAGCUAUGGGGUUGUUCUGCUGGAGUUGUUAACUGGAAAGACUCCUGUACAGCCAUUGGAUCAAGGAGGUGAUCUUGUCACACAUGUGAGACAUUAUGUUCGUGACCACUCAUUGACUGCUGGCAUACUGGAUGAUCGCUUAAAUCUUGAAAAUAAAAGUAUUGUCAAUCACAUGAUUACUGUCUUAAAAAUUGCUUUAAUAUGCACUAGCAUGUCUCCUUUUGAUCGGCCAUCCAUGCGGGAAGUUGUGAUGAUGCUUAUAGAAUCUAAAGAGCAAGAACACAACUUGAUAAUGUCUCCAACUUAUGAGCUUCCUCUGAUGGAUAAUGCUCAUGAAAGUGCGUGACUACUCCCAGUUUCCAUUGACAGAGAUGGUUUUUUCUGCUGAUUCUUCCGCAAUCAAUCAUUUUACCCCGCAAGAUUAUAAUAGCAUGUACAUUUUUUUUCCAUAAAGAAAAUGUUAGACUGAAAGCAUCUGUUGAUAGCUAAUGGGAGUAACUGAUGUCCCCAAAAUUCUCUAGUUGAUUCACCAGUCAAUACAAUGUAGUAACACCAGUGUACAGAUACAAGUGUAUCUCAAACAUUCUGAUAUGAAAUUAGAUUUUCUGAAAAUGGUGCAGCUCUUUCAA